AUGGCCUCCCCCUGUGCCUUAUGCCUCAACCCAGGAGGCCUUGGUAUUAAGUGGUACACAUAUGAUAUACGCAACACAACAAAUUCACGUGAGUUCGAUCAGGCCAUGUCAGGAUGGCCUGCGGUUAGGGGUUAUCGGCUUCAAGUGGUGAGUGGUAUGCAGUUCGAGCUCGUGUCAGCCAGCAAUGGUAUAUGCGGUUGUAAGUGGAAGAUGGUAUGUGCUCGAAUACGAGAAUACAACGCGAAACCCACACCACAAGGAAAGAAAGGAACUGCACCAAAGGGCUCGGAGCCAGCCCUGCGGCUGGCACGGGGAAGCUACCGUGAUACUUUGCUAUUGGCAAUCUUUUUCGCGGACCGGCUGGGAAAGUCUUGCCGGGCAUGA